GGGUCAUGACAUGAUAAAGUGAUUAGAAGAAACUGAUAUACGUCAAAUGAAAUAGAACUUAUUAGUAAUUCAAACAGAAACGAGCGCCACAUUGUUUUGGCGAGCGGGACGCUUAGUUUAAGUCUGAUGUCCGCGUGGGCUUGCUAGCGCACAAUCGACAAAACAGUCGACAUUCUGCCAAAAACUCCGCUCGAUAAGCACCCAAACAUCUUAGCUCUGUUCCAAAUAAAGCUAUAUUCACAGACGGACAUCAUUUUUGGAACUGAAGUAAUGAUGAAUCCACCCGGGAAAGAGAAAAAGUGGCUUUUCGUGAAAUAGCAGAAGGAAUCUCGAUUGGUUGGGAUCACAAAGCCAGAGAAGUUGACGUGAGUCAGUCAUAGAAAAACCCCAAAGAAAAUGCCGCAAUUUAAAAGACAUAAAAGAUUAAAGCGUAUAUCUUCGAGGCAGAAAUUUGGCGUACGUUAUCUGCAUCAGCACUUAUUUAAAGACGACCCGACAAGCGAAGAAGACUCGGCGGUCGAAGAUAGUCAUCUUAUACCACACAAGGCAGAUGGCCGCUUAUGUUUUGUACGCUCUCUUUCCGGUUUAAUGAUUUUGGCCGGGCUUGUACUCGCUUUGGUUGGGGGUCUGGUGAAGAGGCGAGAAAUCAACUACCGGGUUCAUAAUGAUGGAGAAGAAGAGCCGGUCGGGGAUGCGGUCCAAUACAAUUCAAUGUUAGAUGCUGUAGUUUUGAUUGGAAGCGUGUUGAUGAUGUUAGGGGCUGUUAUGUUAGCCUCAGUACAAAUAUUGAUUUGCUAUCCACGAAGGAAGUCUGGCACUAGGAAACCCAGGGUAAAAGACCCCGAGAGUUUUCUAUACCCGGAGAAAAGCGAAAGUGAAGUAGCAGCAAAACAGCUCGAGAAAGUUCCCGUAUAUGCACUAGUUCACAAAGUACAGCCCAAGAAAAAAGGCGGGAAUAAAAAGGACCGGACCAAUCUUAUUAAGAAACAGAAAUUUAAAACAUCCAUCGAUGAAGAGGAAGAAGAAGAUAAUUAAACAUCAUAUUUUUAACAAAGACUUAUAAAUAAAUUAAAUUAUUAUUUAUGCACAAAUAUCGAUGAAACGUGUAUUCUCCAGAG